UGCGAUUUUUACACACCAUUCGCCGCCGUCUCGCCGAUCGGCGGUUGUCGCUGUCGUCUCCGCAUUAGUCCGCUGCUGCAGCCCGUGCAUAUUAUAAUACAUCAUAUUAUUAUCAAUUGUUAUUUCUUUCGUGGGACGCGAGCUGCUCGAACUCAAGUCCCGACUACACGUACACCACCCCUCCGCCGUCGUACGCCUCCGUCAGAGCAACCCCUUAAAACGAACCGCACGCCGAGUGACUUCCGAUAUUAUAUCACUAUUGUCAUACGAGUAUAUAUGGUAUGUAUAUUAUUAUACAGGCCCGUCGUAUACUUACGAGUUAGAUUGCUGCACGUUGGUCUACAUUAUAAUAUAUAGGUAUAUUCGCCCGUAGUGAAAACUUACAUUCGCUGCCGUCGUUUGACCGUAUAACUGCAGUCACGUGCCUCACCGUCAUACCUAGUGCAUUCCGAUCCGUGCUUCGAGUCGAAUUUCAAACCAUUUCAUCGACAUGACGUCGACGAGAACGCGUAACAACGACACUUCCUAAUCGGUGGCGUAUAUAUAUAUAUAUAUAUAUACCUACCACAGUCGUCGUGUUCAUUUCGAUAUAAAUUUAUGCCAGAGAUCGUCAGUUGUGUGACGGAAAAUAUCGAAAUGGCCAGCACGUCCAGCCCGAUAUCGGACUUCUUUCGCGGUCGUCAUGUACUCAUCACUGGUGGCACAGGGUUCAUGGGCAAGGUGUUGGUGGAAAAGUUGCUGCACUCGUGUCCGAACAUUGCAUGUAUAUACCUAUUAAUCAGGCCCAAACAAGGCCACGACAUCAAGUCUAGGCUGGAUCAGCUACUCAACGCUGCGAUAUUUGAUUGGGUGAGAAAAAAUCAACCCGAAUCCCUAAAAAAAUUAGUGCCGAUUAAUGGUGAUGUCACUAAAUACGAACUCGGCAUCAGUUCAUUGGAUCAAAAUACGUUAAUUAAUAACGUAUCUAUUGUGUUCCACUCGGCAGCCACCGUUAAGUUCGACGAAGCGCUUAAACUUUCAGUUGCCAUGAAUUUGUUAGGUACUAAACGAUUGGUUGAGCUGAGCUAUCGUAUGACAAAAUUAGAGGCCUUUGUACACGUUUCCACUGCAUAUUGUAAUUGCAACCGACAAGAUGUUGAAGAACAUUUAUAUCCCAUUCCUGCAGACCCUGAAAAAAUUAUUCAAUGUGUUGACUGUCUCGAUGAAAAUCUUCUGGAAUCUAUUACACCAAAGAUUAUCAAAGGAUGGCCAAAUACAUACACGUUCACAAAAGCAUUAGCGGAAAAGAUGUUGUUACAACUAGGCGACGGAUUACCCAUAGUAAUCGUUAGACCUUCAAUAGUUACGGCAUCGUGGAGAGAACCUAUAUUAGGAUGGGUAGACAAUUUAAAUGGACCAACGGGUCUGCUAGCUGGCGCCGGUAAAGGGGUUCUGAGGACACUGCUGUGUCAUAAGGACUUGAUUGCUGACUUGGUCCCAGUAGAUAUAUGUAUCAACUUAUUAAUAUCGGCUGCUUGGUACACGGCCACAAAUAGGCCAAAGGGCAUAGAGAUUUAUCAUUGUACGUCUGGCACAACGAAUCCAAUUUACUGGAAAGACAUCGAACGGUUAGGCCACGAAUUUAUAUUAGAGAAUCCAUUUAGUGACAUUUUAUGGUACCCGGGUGGCAGUUUCAAAAGCAACAGACUCGUCAACUAUUUGUGUGUAACUGCUUUUCAAAUGGCACCUGCCUACAUCAUCGACGGGCUCGCAAAAAUUACUGGAAGGCAGCCAAGGUUAAUUCGAAUUCAUAAACGGCUACAGAAAGCGGUGUCGUGUCUAGAGUUCUUCACCACGCAUGAAUGGAACUUCAAGAACACAAACGUACAGAGGCUUUUCACCGAACUUGAUCCCAAUGACCAAAAGACGUUUUACUUUGAUGUAUCGCAACUGAAGUGGCGAAGCUAUAUCGAGUCGUACAUAUGGGGAACCAGGCAGUUUGUGCUUAAAGACCACCCAAGUACAGUCCCUAACGCCAAAUCGCGAUUAAGACGAAUGUACUAUCUACACCGGACUAGCCAAAUGGUGUUUGUCGUGCUGGCAAUCAGAUAUAUAUUACUAGGCAACAAGUCUAUCAGGCGGUUUUGGUACUCGGCUCUGUGUUUCCUAAUAAAAUGUAUCAGUAACGCUGCUUCUUCUCUGCGUCUGCUGUAAGCCGCAGACUGGCAUUCAAUAGAAUAAUAUUAAACUUUUACUUACAUUUUAUACGCAGUGGUGUCCGCAUACGACAGCGUAAUGAUCGUAUAUUAUAAUGUAUCUUAACAUGCAUUAUACAUUUCUAUAUUAAAAUAUUACAUUAUUUAGAUAUAUUGUUAGACAAUUGCGUAUUGCUCGACGAACUUAAUUCAAUCUAUGGUAUAGGUUGUUAUUGUAAUAUAUCAUCAUGUAUAUCAACCGGACAUUAAUAUGUCAUACUGAUUUGUCUUAUUUCAAUAAAGAUCUUCCCUAUUUCGUUAUACUAUAACAUAAGAUAAUAAUCGGUUACAUUUUUAUUUAUUAUUUUUUCCACGUCCGUUACAAGUCAUAAUAUAAUAUUACCUAUAUCCAUAUAAUAAGUUCACUGAUGCAUUAUGUAUGUUUUUUUUAAAAUUAUUAUUAUUAUUAUUAAUAUUCUUAUACUAUAUACUUUUACACCUUAUGGCUUCUGCCAGUUUAAGGCCGUUUUAAAUCUAAAAAUGUCUUACUUGCAUUACAAUACUUAGAUGUAAUGUAUAUUGAAAUACAUCAUAAUCAUAUAUGUAACUGUGUGUCAUGCUUAAUCUUCUGUUAUAGAAAUAAAAAACAAACACUGUACCUAUGUAAUAUAUCAAAAAGAUUAUGAUCGUUGAUCAGUAGUUUGAAACUAAUUUCAGCGAUUCGUGUGGUGAGGCUAGAAAUGAAAAAGCCGUUUAAUAACAUAUUAUAGGUAUAUCAUGAUAAUUAUUAUUUUUCCAUUGAUUUAAUAUUGUUAAUUACGUUAAAUAUAGCUGUUAUUAUUGAUAGUACGUGGUAUAAUGUAAUACAAUUUUAUAUUUGUGCUUUUAAUUGCAUUGCGAUAAUAUUAGUUUAUAUUCUUUUAU